GAGCAAAUGAGGAAACAGUAGAGUGAAGAGGAAGUUGCUGUUGCUACAUUGGACUGUUUGCAAGGACCACUGAGUACAAACCGUACAAUGAUAGAUCCUUCCAAGUACGUUGCCAUGGACUGUGAGAUGGUGGGGCUUGGCCGCAAUGGCCGUGACAGUGGUCUGGCACGCUGUAGCAUCGUCGAUUAUGAUGGGAAGGUGAUCUACGACAAAUUUAUCAAACCAGUUGGGACAAUUACAGAUUACAGGACGCCCGUGAGUGGGAUUCGUCCAUCGGAUAUGGAUACAGCCGUGCCUUAUCAUAUCGCCAGGGAAGAGAUUCUGAAGAUCUUGAAAGGAAAGAUUAUCGUGGGCCACGAUCUUAGGUCUGACUUCCAUGUACUGAAAACAGACCUUUCAAGCUACGCCAUACGGGACACCUCAUCGUGCGAUUUACUGAUCAUAAAAGCAAACCUGAAAACUGACAGACAGGCCUCGUUAAAAGUUCUCUGCCAGAAACUACUGGGGAAAAGAAUACAGGACAGCUGCAGAGGACACUCGUCUGUGGAAGAUGCAAGUGCAGCGAUGGAGCUUUUCAAACUUGUGGACAACAAGUGGGAGCUUCAACUCACCAGGGGCGUCAGGGUGGAGAUAGUAAACCGAUUUGAAAGAUGGGACAGAUAUUAAUGAAUAAAACAGCACCAGAUUAGGAAUUCUGAUUUUCAUACGCCAGAUAAACAAGUAAUUAUAUCUGCUGUAAGCCAAGGUCACAAAGUGUCUUCAUUUUUUUUCUCAUUUUUCCCAAUCCCACAAGCUGCUUGUUCUUUCCUGAAGUUCAGUGCAAGGACUCACCAUACCAAUGGCCUUUUGUCCUGUGUGGCCCCCUGGAGUAUUGGGCUGCUGGUAAUGCAAGGAGUUACCCAUUGCUUAACUUAUUAUUCUGUCAUUUCAGCCCAUUUUACUACCUGGUCCAGAUCCAACUGCAAGGCUUGAUCGCCUUCCUCAUUGUCUGAUACUCUGACAAUCUUGGUGUCAUCUGCAAAUUUGCUGACCCAGUUUACCACACCAUCAUUAAUAUAGAUGACAAACAACAGUGGGCUUUUCGCUUUGCCUUUUAUCCCCCCCCAAGGUGAAGGAACCAUACUUGGGAUAUUUAUCCUUCCAUUCCCUGUUACGUAGGCACGGCGUAAAAUUGACAGCAGAGUAGUAUAAUGAAACAUUUUUACCGAGUCAUGCCAGCAACAAUAUGCAUUGGGCAACUUACAGUGUGGAAGCGAUGAGCCAGGUCCACAGAGAGAAAAAACGUGCACACUUGAAAGCCCACGCAAAAAAAGAGAAAGCCUUCCGUAUGUAGGAGGCCCAAUCAAUUCACCGCACGAUCAAUCGGCCGCACGCACACUUGCUCCAUUCUCACGAUCGAUGCAAUAUGGUUCACUCCCACUUUCAUUAGCUCAGGGAUUUGGGACAAUUGUUGGAAGCCUAUGAUUGUCCAGGGUGAUUAGAUAAUUGAACCCGGAGUGGUAAGACCCUCUGGACUGGGGUUCCCAACCUUUUUUAUGCCAUGGACCAAUACCAUUAAGCAGAGUGUCUGUGGACCCCAGGUUGGGAACCCCUGCUAUACACUAUCUGGUGAGCUGUCACACAACUAUGAACCUGUAGUACAUUGAUUCAGUGGGGUAUGGUUUUAAUGCAUCUUUUGACCAGAGUUCUUGUUGGAUUCCAUAAACACAAGAGAUUCUGCAGAUGCUGGAAAUCCAGAGUAAUAUGCACAAUAUGUUGGAGGAACUCAGCAGGUCAGGCAUCAUCUAUGAAGAGGAAAAACAAUCGACAUUUCGGGCCGAGACCCUUCAUCAGGACGAUAUAGAGCAGAAAGGGGGAAUGAAGGGACUUGACCGGAAACGUCGACUCUUUGAUCCUCUCCAUGGAUGCUGCCUGACCUGCUGAGUUCCUCUAGCAUUUUGUUUGAUGGGACUGUGGGGAGUAUAAACCCCAAUUAGUGUGAAUGGAUGUGUAAUAGUCCUUGGACUCCGUCGGCUAAAGGACUAUUUUUGAGCUGUAUGACUACAAAAUCACAUCUGAGUUAAUUGUCCAACAAUAAAGAAUCUUCAGGGAAAGA